GCAAACCUUUGGAACGACUCAAGUGUCAAAAUUAAGAGGGCAGCGGUCAGUACAGCUAAUCACCAUGCAGACAACAAUAGUCGAAUGCCACAGAUCUGUAUUUCCAGAUGAAGAUGCAACAACAGAUCAGUUUCAUCAGCUCUGCAGAUUUUGUGCAAAGAAGAACAGCUGUAUGAUGCCCAUAUUCAGAGGACAAGGACUUACUGAUGACUUACCAUCAAAAAUAAAAGCAUAUGUGCCAGUUGAGGUUUCUGAGGAUGACACCUUACCUUUACAAAUCUGCAGCCCUUGUGUUCAGUGCCUUACAAUGUGGCAUGAAUUUAUCACUGGCUGUGUAAAAGCAGAUGAAAACUUAAGAGUCACUUAUCAAGAAAUACUGAAAGCUAAAGCUGGUAGAGAUGGUUCUAAGUCUGUUUCAGAAGAGAGAGAUAAUCAACAAAUUACAGAGGCCAGGACUCCUGUUCAACAACAAGACAAAAUAUCUCUCAGUACAGUGGAAAUGGCAAAUGAAAAUGAGGCUGACGCUACUGCAGAGACUGGAUCAGAUGUGAGGUCAAGAGAACUGAAGAUACCAACUGUUGAUGAAUCUGCAAUAAUCAAAGGAGAGGGAAAGGAUAAUGCAGCUGCUCAGUUAACUGUAGGAGAAAGUUCAGUGGUAUCAGAUACUAAUGGAAUACUUAUUUAUUCAAUCUAUGUUGCAACAGAAGGUGGAGAAGACGAAUACUAUCUAUGUGAUGUUACUGGGGAGAAAGGAGAUAUACACAUCACAGAAAAUGCAACGUUGGCUAGAAAAUGUGAUGGAAUAAAUGUACUAGAUAAAGUACUAAUAGAAACUGGUACAGUGGCUACCGAGAAUGACACUGCCAUGAGUGAUCACAACUACAUAAAAUCAGAUUAUGUGGUUCAACAGAGUAACAGUGAAGAAAAUAGAGAAAGAGAAGUAGUGAGUCAACCCCUCUUUAUUUUCAAAUGUGUUAGAAGUCAACUUGGUAAAAGUGGUAGAAAGUGUCAUUCAAAGUUAGUGCAAGUAAGGAAAAUUGUUUCAUGUCCACACUGUGGAAAACAAUUCAGAAAUGAGGCUGUGUUUCUGACUCACAUGAGAAUUCACACUGGUGUUACUCCAUUUUACUGUAGAUAUUGUGGGAAAAGCUUUCGGUUGUCACUGUCACUUAGAAAACACAUGGACUCUUGUAAAAAUAUGGGGAAAGGACCAUUUUCUCAUCCGCUUACUUUAACAAACAACCGUUUUGUGUGUACACUUUGCAGAAAAAGUUACAAGUUGAAGUCAAGUCUUAAACAGCAUAUGAGAAGUCAUUUUGGUACAUUGAAAGCAAAACUAAAAUGUGAAAUUUGUGAAAUGAAAUUUUGUCGCAAGGCAGAACUUUUAGAACACAAGCGGCAACACCCAGAAUCCCCUCCCAAUAUUUGUGAAAUUUGUGGUAAGCUCUUUUUGCAUGAGAAAGAUCUAAGUGAACACCAUAUCAGUCAUAGUGAAGAUCGACCAUUUGAAUGCUCUCUUUGUGGCACCUGUUAUAAACGAAAAUCACAUUUGUCUCGUCAUUUGAGUAAAGGCUGUUCCCGAAAGCCUAACAAAAGGAGAACUCAUGUGAAAAAACUAGGUAAAGAAUUUAUAUGUGGUGUUUGUUUCAAAGUGUGCAAAAGCCAAAAGCUCUUGCUGCUACAUAAUAUAAGUCACACAGGUGAAAAGAGAUGGCAAUGCUCCCAGUGUGAGAAAAGAUUUGCCCAGUCAGGGGCCCUACACCGACAUAUUCGUACUAUUCAUGGUGGUGUAAGGGAUUUUAUUUGUAAAGUGUGCCAUCGAAGCUUCACUGCAAAAGCCACCCUCUUGAAUCAUUCUCGAAUUCAUACAGGUGAGAAGCCAUUCCUUUGUCAGUACUGCCCAAAGACAUUUCGGACACAACAACAACAUAGGCUUCAUCAAGUUGUCCAUACAGAUGCCCGGCCACAUUCCUGUACAUAUUGUUCAAAAACUUUCCGGCGCAGGCCUCAUCUUGUGGUACAUAUACGUACUCAUACUGGAGAGAAACCUUAUCCAUGUCCAGAGUGUGGGAAAGCAUUUGCUCAGAAGAACGACAUGACGAAACAUCUCAAUACUCACAAGAAGUUUCAGUGAGGGACUUUGAAAACAGAUAAAAAAACUAUAUCAAUUUAAUAAAUAUUGUAAUCCCUCAGAAUCAGACACAAUAAAGAACAAAUGUGAACAAUAAACGUACAGACUUUAUUUACCACAAUUUUCAUAAUAUAUAAUAAUACAGAAUGACUUCUAGAAUAGAGUAAAAUAUACAGUCACACUCAUUAAUAUGUAAACAACACAAGGACUGGAUUAUUAAUAAUUGAUACAUAGUUGUAUUUCCGUUCUUACAUAUGUUGGACUAAAAUAUUUGUUAAAAGUGGAGAUCUAUGAAGUGUGUACAGUAUUCAAACCCUACCUAAUCUGGAUGAACAGUUGGGCAAUGUUAUUUUUUAGAUUUCUGUACUGAAUGAAUUUCGCGUUGCAAGAUUUGGUUGCUUUUUUUGAUUGAAUAAAAUUUUGUUACAUCCUC